GUUGAGAAUACAUUAAUGUAUUGCAGUGAUAGAGGUUUGUUUGGUGUGUAAAUAAAAACAAAAUAGCUUCACCGCUCCCGUUAAUUCAUUCAUACCAAAGAUGAACUUUUGCAAAAAAUAAAUAUUCUUUCAUAUGAUCAAGUAUCUUUAGUGAAAUUUCCUGUUUCAUAAUGUCAGUAAAACAGUAACUGCAAUAAAAUUGAAGAAAUAUCGUUAAAACCUUGCUUCUGUCCUUUACACAGUUUUCUUUUGAUGUUUUAAAUUACGAGCGCUCCCUGCUGAUAAAACGGAACUCUUUAACGACAGGAGGUAAAAUCAAUCUAUAGUUCUAUCACCGACAGUUCAUUGUAAUGGUAGCAGUGAAAUAGUCAGUAAAAGCAAAUGAAGGCGAGAGCCCCCGUUUUUAUUGCGCGCUAACUGUGGUAUAUAGAAUGGAUUAAUAUACAUAAUCAAUAAUUCGCCACUCGCGACUUAAUCAUCAAUUUUUGAGAAUGGAUUAUCGGGAGGUUUAAUAAGCUUUAGUCCUCUGUAUGUUUGUCUCUAUAAGGGUUUAAUAUUUUUUCUAUGAUAUUGCCCUCUUAGCUGUGUGAGGCGAAAGCUAGCGAGAACCUGAGAUAUCUCCCCGACAUGGCAAACGUUUCUGUGUGUACGGAAUGCUUUCAUUUCAUUUCUCUGGAUAGGAAAUAUUUAUCGAAUGCAUUUAUCAGACGGAUAAACAUUUGUUGACACAACAGGUUACCUUUAGAAAUUUUUUUUAAAGAAAACACCCCAUAAUGACGACGACUGUAAUAAAAUCACGGAUCACCGCCACUCUAACGGGACAGCCUGGUGAUCCACGCGUCUCCCAACGGGCCUACAAGAGAAACCAGGUCGUAUAUCCACAAUGGAUGCGAACGCUAGAGGAGAAAUAUAAACGGCUUCACAUGAAAAUCAGGAAAUCUACAUCCUCCAUGACGUAUAUGUACAACUCUAGUCUGGGACGAAAUAUAACCGAGCAGAAGACAGUCCGACAGGCGGGAAUCAGCAGCCGAAACGAGGCUCCCUCUAAAUCUGUGACAGAUUCACAUCAGACGACAAUUCUUCAAAACACAUCAAAUACUCAGGUUAAAAGUACUCCGUGUUCAUCGGCGACGAAAAUUAGGAUUGCUGCCACCGAGAUUUCGGACGGCCCCGAAAUUGUGAAGGACGUUUGUGAUAACGUUAUUAUUAACGAGAAUACGUGCUCUUGUGAAAGGGAAUGGGAGAGCAAAUCAUUGGAUUCCAACGGCAAUAUUAAUAACGCAUGUGUUCGUGAAUGUGAUUGUCAAAGCCAAAGGGAUCUAGCAGAUCCCUACGAUAAUAGAGUGGGAUUUACAGAUAACAAUAUGAACAAAAGACACAUCGAAAAGGCAGGUUUAAAAACUAAGUGUAAAAAGGUCAAUAUAGCACCUAUUGAGCAGGUUGGAAAUAACGCAUCGAUUGAGACUCCUGAUUGUAAUAACCUUAUCAGUGUUGAAUCUAGUUCCCCUUUCAUUACGCAUAUCGGUCCCCGAAAAACUUCUCCCCGAACCAAGACCUCUGUAAGCAGAAGGAGCACGGUCACACAGAAAACGUCCAAGUCCUGUCCGCCUGCGAUGGAACUCGACGUCACGACGUACAGUCACGUGACUAAUAAAGCAGUGCCGACGUUACGUGCAAAAAGUGCUUAUUCGGGAAAACCCCUCACUUUUAGAUCCUCCAAGUUAUUUUCGAGAAUGUCCCAGGAGGCUCAGCACGCUAUGAAUGAGACUAUGAAAGAACGUGAGGGAUUGAGAACGCCGAAUAAUGACGUCAAAACUCAACAAUGGAUUGAUGAAAACUUUACACACCAAGAUAUCAUUCUAACCAGGGUUCAGGAAAGCUCUCCUAUCAAACAGUAUCAAAGGCCGGACACGAAAGGACGAGGCUACUACUUAGAUGAGGAUGUCUAUGAAACGAACUUUAAUAUGGACGAUAUACUUCCUGACGAUUCUUGCACGGAUUCAGAAAUGUCUGUCACCACUAGGCGGCGCCCCAUCACUGCAGCGACCAAUAAAACGCGACUUCCAUCUAUCCCAUCAGACUCCACUGCUGACUUUUGCACACUGGGGCAGCUGAAUCAUUACAACCUUCGGUUGCCAGGUAUCGGACGUUACGAGAUUGCUACGUUGCGUGAAAAAACAUUUGAGAUUACUCCGCCUGGGUAUGAUAUAAGAUAUAAUGAUAUAGCGGUGUUCGAAGAUGGAGAAAGAGUUAGCGAGCUUCCUUCAGAUGACAUCCGCGAGAGGGCAGUGCAAAAAUGUCAAGACUGGUUAUCAAGGCACAGUCCCCGAAAAGAAUUGUCUUAAUAGCCACUUGUGACGUCAUACAUUUGUGUUCCUUAAUCAUCCUGCUAGUUCGUGUCUUCAAAAUGGCUGGUGAAGCAAACUUCAAAAUAGAAGUCCUAUUAUGGUUCAAGUGAAACCAUAAAGGGAAAAUAUAUAUAUAUAAAAAAGCUUUCUUAAAGAUGCCAUUUGUGGAAGAGCUUUAGUGCUACUUUACGUCACAGCUAUUUAUAACCCAGUGAUUUGCAUUUCUAAACGUCAGGGUAAUGUGUCCGUUUAUUAUAUUUAAAGCUAUAUUUAAUAUCUUAUUUAUAUUUAUACAUCAGUUAUCAGUAUUACUGUCUGUGAUUUUUUGUUUACCUGUUAAAACUUCCUUCUCUUAUGGUUUGGUACUGGAUAUUUCAAGAAUUAUAUUUUUGUAAUUGCAUGUAUGUUGCAUAAAAUGCAAACGUAAUGACGUAGCUAUGUACAAGAUUUAGCAAUAUAAUAUUAGAAAUACUAAUUAGUUAACAUUUAGAGUUCAUUUUUUUUAAUUAUAUAAAUAUUAAGUUUAUUUUAAUAAACAUUUUAUAUUUUAUGAAAUAGAAAGGGGAAAAAUAUAGUUGGGAAAAGGGUGGAUAGAUUUUAGAAACUACAUACAUUUAUCAAGGUUAAUGAAAUAGACAAAUCAUUAUUACAUGUAUGUAUAUUUAUUAUGAAUUCGUUCUUUACCUUUGUUCUACAAGCAUUGUUAUUUCUUUUUUAUUACUUUAAAGUCAUAACAUGACUAAAAGCCACCAAAUAUAUUUAUAUAGAAAGGGAAA